AUGGAAGUGAUUAGUGAGUUGAAGAAGCCAUGGUUAAUUCUUUGGGAUUUCAAUGCAAUUACUUGUGUGGAAGAGAAAAUUAGUGGAAAAGCUCCAAAUAGAAGAUCUAUGUUAUAUUUCAAUACUUGUAUUGAUGUUUGUGGUUUAAUUCAAGCUCCUAAAACAGGUCAACAGUUCUCUUGGUCAAAUUAUCAAUAUGGUAGUAAAAGAAUCUUAUAUGGUUUGGAUAGAGCAAUGUUUAAUCAAUUAUGGUCGCAGCAUAAUGAAGAUUGGGGUUUCAAGGUGGGCUUAAGAAUUGCUUCAGAUUAUGCACCUAUUUUGGGAGAGGGAGAUCCAGCAUUUGUGUUUCAAUCAAAACUAAAAAGACUUAAAAACAUUCUUAAGUUAUGGAACUGGGAGGUUUUUGGGGAUGUAAAUCUGCAAAUUAAAGAAGCAGAAGUCAAAUUUCAAAGAGCAAUGGAAGAAUCUGAUAAUUAUCCUCUUGAUGAAGAGAAAUUGAAGAAGUUGGUGGAAGCACAGAAUGAUUUUAAUACAAAGGAGGUUCAAAAAAGUGCAAUGUUAAGGCAGAAAGCUAGAGUUAGAUGGAUUAAAAAAGGAGAUUCUAACACAAAUUUCUUUCAUACAUCUAUCAAGAUCAAGCAAGCUCAAAACUGUAUAAGUGAAGUAGAAGAUGAAGCUGGAAAUAUUACUUCAGACCAAAAAAAGAUAGCAGAUAUCUUAGUAAAGCACUUUGAGGAAAAAUUUAAAAUCUAA